CGAACGAGACUGUGUGACUGUGCAUAUGCCAAUACAACUUGUGUGUGUUUUUUUUUUAACUCGAGCCAACAGUACACGCGAAUGGCAAAUAGAAAAGAAGUUGCGCAUUAAAAUCGGCGCUAUACAUUUGCAGUUGUAAACAGUGGCAACUGCAACUGCGGGCAAAAAACGCAAACGAACGAUAUAUUUACACAGCCAAGCAAAAAUGAUGAGCGGCAGCAAAUCAGGCGUGGUGCUUAACUGCCGCACAUGCACCCGUGCAUGUAAACAAUAUAAAUCGCUGCAAGACGAAAUUGAGAUCGGCCCUGAGGGCAGCACCACGCUCGCCAACAUGCUGCACUAUUGCUCCAGUCUUUCGUUCGAGCCGCAGGAUGGCGCUGCAAUGCCGCAACACAUAUGCAUGCAUUGCCUGCAGUUGCUGGAGCAGGCAUUCAAUUUCAAGCGCAUGGUCAUCGAUUCCGAUGAGCUGCUACGCCUGGGCCUCGAGGAAGUUGAUAACAAUAACGCCAAUCUGAACGCCAAUAACCAGGAGUAUGUAAUGAUCGAGCUGCUUAGCGACGAGGCCGAGGCCCAACAGUCUGCGGAUAAAACGGGCUCCAGUUCGCAAGAUGUUUCCGCACUCGUUGAGGCCUACAAUGAUCAAGAACAAGAGCAAGAUGAGUUUGUCGUCGAAGAUGUGAGCGCGGAUACUGAGGCAGAGAUUGGUGCGGAGUUAGAAGCGGAGGAUGCACUCGAACCGCUUAACGACUUCCAAACGACUGACAUUGAGUAUGUGACGAUCAAAAGUGAAUAUGACUCGCAGGUGGAAGACGACGAUGAUAUCGAGGUUAUGGACUCGCCGCGUCUCGAAACGGUCAGUGAACAAAUGCAAAUCCAAAUGCUCGAUGACCAAAUGGUCAUCAUGUCUGGUGAGGAGCCCAUCGAUGAGGUAAUUGGCGAAGUCGAGGGCGACGAUAUACUGGACAUGGAGCGCGAGGAGCAUUUGCUGACUGGCGAUAGCGAGGGUGAGGAUUUUCUGGACGACUCAAUGGACGGCUCUGCCUCGAAUCAGGUAGCCGCCGGACCUGGCGGCGAAGUGCUACCACAUGUUUGUCAUGUCUGCAACAAGGCAUUCCGUCAACAGUGCCGUCUCAAUCAACAUAUGCGCUCCCAUGUGGACGAGAAGCUGUACACUUGCGAGAUGUGCGGUAAGAAGCUGAAGCACUUGCGCAACUACAAAGAGCACAUGCUGACCCACACAAAUGCUAAGCCACAUCAGUGCUUGGUCUGUGCACGCUUUUAUCGCACCACAUCCAGUCUGGCUGCCCACAUGCGCACCCACGCCGAGGACAAGCCAUUCAAGUGCGAUCAGUGCGGGCGCAGCUAUGCGGCCUUUGAUCAUCUGCGUCGUCACAAGCUGACACACACCGGCGAGCGUCCCUAUGCGUGUGAUUUGUGUGAUAAGGCCUACUACGAUUCGUCGUCGCUGCGCCAGCACAAGAUCAGCCAUACGGGCGAGAAGGCGUUCACCUGCGAAAUCUGCGGCGUUGGCCUCUCACAAAAAUCCGGCUAUAAGAAGCACAUGCUUGUGCAUUCCGGGGAAAAGCCGCACAAAUGUCACAUCUGCGGACGUGCCUUUACCUUCACCAGCAACCUGAAUGCCCAUGUGCGCCUGCACUCCGGUGAGAAGCCAUUCAAGUGCGACAAAUGCAUGAAGGCAUUCCCCACCAAAAAGCGCCUAAACAGCCAUAUGCGUGUCCACAACAAGGAAGCACCAGUUACUGCAACCAGCAAUCCCAUCGCCACCAAUACUGGCACCAUCGGCUCUAUGCAUGGCCAGCGCGUAGCGGUGGUGGCGGCCGGCCGUCGCACAGCCAUGAACAUGCCCGACGUAAUGGAUCAGCAGGUUUCCACCUCCAAAGUAGUUGUGGUGCUCUAAAUAUCGUACUGACUAAGCUUAGUUUUAACUUGUAUCACAUCAAAAUCUACACCUACCUAUGUAUAUAGUUAUAGAUAUACAUACGUACAUACACAGGCAUGUCCAUCUAUCGCUAUUUCAUCACAAAGCUUGCGAUUCCCUGGUCCAGUAAAUGAGCUUUACUGAUCCUGCAAAGAAUCGCAGACUCAAAAGAAAUAACCUGACACACGCAUACAGAUGUUCAUAAAUUUCAAGUAAUCAGGUUUCAAUAGUUUUAUCGUAAUGAUAUAUUUAAAUAUGCCCGUUUUGGGGUGUUUUUUUUUUUAUUUUUUGUUUUUGAAAAUUUGUAAUGUAGUUUUUGGAUUGUUAAAAGGAAGAUAUAUGUGAUUUGUUAGCCAUUCCUCAGCUAAAAAAAUGUUAAUUUGGUAAAAGUCACAGCUUUAAUCCGGGUUGAUACUUCACAUAUAUUAAAAAGGCUGUAAUUAGUUGUACUUUGACAGGAUGUGUAUGUAUAAAAACUGAAAACCUUAAAAAACCAAUAAAAAAAAUUUUAAAAAUUCACAUUUGCGCCGCAAUAAAAUCCGAUCAGUCUAUCAACUUUUGCAUUAUAAGAAAGUAUCUACAACUGGCAUGCAGCUAAGAUACGUUCCCUAAUCCUGGUCAUAAACAGAAGAAGCUUUAAAAACAACAAAUAUAUGCUAAGUACAAAAUGUAGCCUGUGCUGCUCUAGAAACUGCUGAAAAUGAUCUUAUACACUGUUCAUCGGACAUCUCGGAGUUUGUCAGUGAUCUAAUCUAAUUCGUAAAAUAGAAAUAGAAUAGCAUAGAAGUUAAAUAAUAAACAUAAAAUUUAAGAUGAAAAUGCGCAAAUUGCCAAAUAU